GUUUUCCCGAGCAGUGGCCGAGUUGGUUAGAGCGUUAUUGCUGCAGUAACCGGAGCGAAUUUCGGCCGAUCCUGUGUUUGAAUGCACAUGCGCAGUAGAGUCCUUCGGAGCGCGUCUUUCAGUGAAAGAAAGGCGGCGCGCCGGGACGCGCGCUCGCCUGCCCUGCCCCGGGCUCCGCCGCUGUCCCUCUCCGAACCCUCACCCCAUCAAUAAAAAGAUCAUCCUGAAAGUAUUAAAUCGCCAUCCGUGUGUCCUACAAGUCAAUUCGGGUGCUUGUCGUUGAUUGGUCGAGCACGUGUGCCCCCGCGUAGUGUCUUCCUCCGUGUUGUGUACCCGCAGCGGCAUGUGUGUCCGUUGUUGUUGAUUGGAUGAGAUCCAAUAACGAACCUUAACGCGACCUAAGUGAAACCUUUGUCAUAAGCAUAAAUUACUCAGUACUAAAGCAAUAAAUUAGAACUUUAAUAGCCAUAGUUUAGUAGCUAUAAAUAAAGUGCUAAAAUAGUGUUUAAAAAAUUAAGCUAAAACAAUCUUCCUGAAGAAAAAUGUCGAUGGUAAUUUCACGAAUACUUAGCCAUGAUUCGUAGAACGGAAUAGUACCCGUAUUCCGUCCGUGGUCCAGCGGGUGCGACUCCUUUCGAAAAAGGAUAACAAUGGCAUGAUAAAAAGCGUGCCACGAUAAUGAGAAACCACCCACGGGAAUGAUAAAAGCGCGCCACGGGAAUGAUAAAGCGUGCCACGGGAAUGAUAAGCGUGUGAAGUGAGAAUGUUAAUGCGAAGAUGCCGCAGCGCGCGCCCCCGACAUCCGGCUUGAUGCGGCCGCUGGUGGUGCUGGCGCUACCUGGAAUGUAUUUGCUGUACAAGUACAACCAGUACCGACAGCAGCAAAUGGAGACCGCGCGCCGACGCGUCACCGAGCGGGAGCUGUUGCAUCUCAACACCAAGAUCGACAAAUUGCUCAACAAACUAGAAGAAAAUGAGCCGGAACUGGCGUCAUCGCCGGAAGAAGAAUGCGUGAUAUGCGUGAACGCGAAGGCGACGAUGCAGACGUCGCCGUGCGGCCACCGCGUCGUGUGCCGGCGCUGCUUCGUCAAGACCAUCCAGAUGGCCGUCAGCCAGCGCCUGCUGCCGCUGCGCUGCGUCAUCUGCCGCGCCAAGAUCCUCCGGCUGAGGCAGGCGCCGCGCCUCGUGACGAGCAAGAGUUGGCAGGUGUCAAGUGGCAGCGGCAAGUCGUGGUGCGUGCCUGGCUCUGUGUCCAGCUACUCCGUGGGCGCGCGCUCGGUGCCUGCCUCGGCCUCGCUGUACUCCGUCACCAGCGGCGAGUCUUCACUGUCUGGAGUAUCGUCUGUGUCGUCCAACAGCGGUGGCGGCGAGGGCUCGAGUUCGUGCUCCACCAAGCUGUGCGGCGGCGCGGGCUGCGGCGGCGCGUGCCUCGGGGCGGUGCCUCGCGUCAGCACCGCGCCGCCGCGCGCGAGGCAACCCGCCUCCAACUCGCUGAGGCGGUCGCAGCAUCAUAGCAUGAAGGCUCGUCUCCAGGAGUACCAGCAGGUGCACAGCUACACGGGCGGGCCGGCCGGCGAGCCCUCGGGCCGGCUGCCCCCCAUCAGGGAGUUCCAGAGGGAGUUCCGCGAGGGACGCCGGGAGAGCGCCGUCGCUGCUGCCUCCGCUUCUACUAGGAUAAGGUGUGCCCAAAAAAUAGUAACGCAACUAGAAACGUCGCCGCAAAAGAAGAGUCAGCACUUCUUCAGACCGCUUAAAUCUACCAACAAAGACGACACGCCCCCGUCUAGAGACACAAGUAGAGAGACUGAACGCAUAAAGGAAAACCCCAAAGUGAAACCCAAGAAAGACGAGAAGAAGAAGAAGGAAGACGAUAAAAAACUAGAUGAUAAGAGCAAAAAGGAGGAAAGCAGCGAAAACAAAAAGAACGAAGUCGCGGAAAGGAAGAAAGAAGAAAAACUAAGACUCAAAGCUGAAAAGGAAGCUAAGAAAGAGGCGAAACUUCUGGCUAAAGAGGAGGAGCGCCUCAAGAAGGAAGAAGAAAAACAGGCCAAAUUAUUAGCAAAGGAAGAAAAGAAGAAAGCCAAGAAAGAAGCAAAAUUAGCAGCACAAGCAGAGAAGGAAAAGAGCAAAUAGAAGUUUAACAGUUCGAUUUACAUAUUUUUACAUUGUGUAGAAAUUAUAGCCAGUGUAGAUAUAGAUUCUAAAGUUGUUAUUACUAGGGUAUGAUCAAUUCUUCCUCUCUAAAUUUUGUGGGAACAUAAUUUUUCAAUCAUUCCAUACCCAGAAAGGGCUAAUACAUUUUAAGAACAAUUUUCUAAUAAGGUUAAAAUAUCUAAGGAUAAGGACUUAUAGGGUCAAUGGUAAUUUUCUUGCCAAAACAUCAAUGCAACCUAUUUCAAAAUCAUCAUUUCAUGGGAAUAUUUGUUUAGAUUCCAAUAAAUUUACAAUUAUUGUACAACCUACCUACCAUAUGUCCACGCAUCUGAACUUCAUAGGUAUGAGAAUUUAGAAAUGUCUUCCAUCUGAAUUUAGUCAGUCAAUCGAAAUC